UGGCUAAUGACUUGAUGUUUUGAUUUUACAGCUCACAUCCUCAUCCAUUUCAAUUAUAAUACUCAAUUAAUCAAUUAGAUUUCUUCUCUUAUUAUUUUUUUUUUUAGCUUAUUAAUGUCUUCAAUAUUUUAAGUUCAUGUUGCUAUUAUUAAUCCCAAUCCUGUCUUUGUCACACCCAUUUUCUUUAUCAGAAUUUAUAGUCUCUUAUAUGGAAUCUUUGCCCUCCUUGUAAACCACUUUGGUUUAAUCUUGCACGCAAAUCCUUUAAUUUAUUGCACUGUUUUAGGUGAAGAGUUCCAUCUUUUCUUCUCUUUUCUCGUUCGUGUCUUGAUCACAUAGACUGCUACAGUAAACUGGGUUUUCUUUUUUUGUUUUGGUUUGGCUUUAGUUUGGUUAACUCUGCUUUCUGGUUGUGAGUUGUGAUUUGAUAUUGCCCUUUUCUGGGCGUGUUUUUUUUUGUCAGUAGCGAGAGUGUUGCAGCCUGAAAAUUAUUGAUCAAUGGCUGAAUCCUUGGGUCCACGAUUGUACAGCUGCUCUAAUUGUCGAAAUCGUGUUUCUCUCCACGACGAUAUCAUUUCCAAGUCUUUUCAGGGAAGAAAUGGUCGGGCAUUUUUGUUCUCCCACGCAAUGAAUAUUGUUGUAGGACCAAAAGAAGACAGGCAUCUAUUGACUGGUCUUCACACCGUUGCCGAUAUCUUUUGUGCUGAUUGUCGCAAGGUGUUAGGUUGGAAAUAUGAACGAGCUUAUGAGGCAUCGCAGAAGUACAAGGAAGGGAAAUUUAUACUUGAGAAGGCAAUGAUUGUUAAGGAGAACUGGUAGCAACCGCACCUUUGAAGGGAAAAAGAAUUGGUUUUUUCAAGCCCUAGGAGAUGAAACGUUACAUCUUCUUGUUCCGAUGAGUUUGGUGGAUUGGUUUGGAUACUGGACUUAAACUAGUAUCUUUUCAUAACUUGCCAUGUCAAUGUGAGCUCAAUGUUUAGCGGUGCUGUAGCCUGGAAGAUUCUGAACUUUGGUGUAGACAGUAACAGGGUUGGAUUUGGAAAAAUAUUCAAUUCGAUUCGAUUAUCGAGUGGAGCUUCAGUUGUCGAGAGUCGAGUAUUCUAAUUUUCGGUCUGGCCCCUUCACUUUUUCUCUAUCAGCUUAAACGACAUAGUUUUUCGUUCUUUUUCCUCAUUUUCCCCCUCUACCGAACACAAGAUUUUCUUCAAAUUUUCCUCAAACCCAAAAUAAAGUUGAGAGAAUUUCAGAUGAACUUGAAAGAAGCAUUAUGGAGCAAGAGAACAGAUUCCAACGAAACUGUCUCCAUCAUCGCAAUCGCCAAAAGACCCAGAAUCAGAAGCAGCAUUGGCUGCUGCAACGAG